UAGAUCUACCGUAUCUUCCUCACUUCAUCCCAUCUCUAUCCUCAUCUUCGGUAAAAAAAAAUUCUUUCGGAAAUUCUAAUAUUUUGGCAGAAAAUUAGGGGUUAUUUAGAGGAGAUAUGGUCUGCAAUUUUGGAAAUUUUUCAGCAUUGUCGUAGGAUGAAAAUCUGAUGUAAACAAGGAUAUCUUGACAAGGAAUGGAAGAAGAACAUCUAGCGGGAAUAAUCUCGGUCAAUAUUUUUCUCGAUUUGAACCUUAACAAUUUCAUUUGGCGGGAUGAAAUCAAAAGAAAAUCGUUUUGGGCGGGGAUUAUUCCCGCUUGCUGUGAAUCUGUCCGCCUAUAUAAAGAGCCCUAAAAUGAUAAAGAAAUUGCAUCGAAUUUCAUCUUCAUCUUAUUUAGGGAACUUAUCUGAAUUGGAUUGUGGUUUUCUUAAAGGUGCAAUUGUCGCAGCUGAAGCCGAAGAAAGGGAAGCCGAAUAAUACGUUUGGAUUGAUUUCUGAUAUGUCUACACACAAGAACUUGAGUUGCGAUCCAGAGUAUGAUGAUGAGUAUGCUGACAAUGAGACUGCAGUCUUGGAGGCUCGAGCCUUGCAGAAUGGAGAAGAGUCAGAGGAUGAAGGCGAAGAUAGCGACGAUGGUAGCUCCAGUUCUGAUGGCAGUAGAUCCAGUUCUGAUGAUGAAUCUGCUGAAAGUUCUGAGCAUCUUGACACAGGGGAACCAAAGAGUAAAGCAGAGUCUAAAGAGAAGAAUGUCCGAGGUUUAACUAGGCUAAAGAAGCUAAGGAAAAAUUGGAAUGGCCAGAAACGUGUGAUAGAAUUUGAUAAAUUGGGUCAUUUUAAGGGGAAGUACAAAUCUGAAAUUGCUAGUUACAUGGGUGUAAUAGUACGUCGGGACGUAGGUCUCAGGCACUUGAAUUGGAAGAAAGUAAAGAUAGAGUUGAGGGAUAAGUUAUGGGACGAACUAGUGCGGUUUUAUGAAAUUGAGGAGACUAGGAGAAAUCGAAUUAUGAAAUACUUCGGUGAACAUUUGCGCAAUUUUAGAAGAAAACUGUAUGUAGGGGUGUAAGUAAUACCCGAAAAUACUCAGCCUGCCUGUACCCGCCCGAGCCCGCCUGUAAACGAAGUAGCCCAAAGCCUGUUAUGGUCCGUCAUGGGACACCCGACAUGGCCUGGCUUAAUUUAUUGGGCGGUCCCGGGGUUUGCAAUUAAUUAUGGUACUCGGCCUGAUACCCAGCCUGGUACCCGGCCUGGUACCCGGCCUGAAAGCCUUCUAUGUGCCAUUAAUCAUUUAAUAUCCUCUUAAAAAGACUUAAGCAUUACAAUUUUAUAAUUGUAAAUUUUGUGUCAA